UGUUUCUGUGCAGGUGCUGGUGAGUCUGGGAAGAGUACCAUCGUCAAACAGAUGAAGAUCAUCCACGAGGAUGGCUACUCAGAGGAGGAGUGCCGGCAGUACAAAGCCGUGGUCUACAGCAACACCAUCCAGUCCAUCAUGGCCAUCAUCAAGGCGAUGGGGAACCUGCAGAUCGACUUUGGAGACUCCUCCAGAGCAGAUGACGCUCGGCAGCUGUUUGCACUCUCCUGCACUGCUGAGGAACAGGGCACCAUGCCGGAGGACCUGGCCAACGUGAUCCGGAGGCUGUGGGCUGACAAUGGAGUCCAAGCUUGUUUUAACCGCUCCCGAGAGUACCAGCUGAAUGACUCUGCUGCCUACUACCUGAAUGACCUGGAGAGGAUAGCCCGUGCCGACUACAUCCCCACUCAGCAGGACGUGCUGCGCACCAGGGUGAAGACCACUGGCAUCGUAGAGACCCACUUCACCUUCAAGGACCUGCACUUCAAGAUGUUCGAUGUGGGUGGCCAGCGGUCGGAGCGGAAGAAGUGGAUCCACUGCUUUGAGGGGGUGACUGCCAUCAUUUUCUGCGUGGCCCUGAGUGCCUAUGACCUGGUGCUGGCUGAAGACGAGGAGAUGAACCGAAUGCAUGAGAGCAUGAAGCUCUUUGACAGCAUCUGCAACAACAAGUGGUUCACGGACACGUCUAUCAUCCUCUUCCUCAACAAGAAGGACCUCUUUGAGGAGAAGAUCGUGCACAGCCCCCUGACCAUCUGCUUCCCUGAGUACACAGGGGCCAACAAGUACGAUGAGGCAGCUGGGUACAUCCAGAGCAAGUUUGAGGACCUGAACAAGCGGAAGGACACCAAGGAGAUCUACACCCACUUCACCUGCGCCACCGACACCAAGAACGUGCAGUUCGUCUUUGAUGCCGUCACCGACGUCAUCAUCAAAAACAACCUGAAGGACUGCGGGCUCUUCUGAGGGCUG